AUGGCGGAGGGGGAGUUGGACGUGGACUCGUUGAUUUCAAGGCUGUUAGAGGUGCGAGGAUGUCGUCCAGGGAAGAUCGUGCAGAUGACAGAGGCCGAGGUGCGGGGCCUCUGCAUCAAGUCCCGGGAGAUCUUCCUCAGUCAGCCCAUCCUUCUAGAGCUGGAGGCUCCGCUCAAAAUCUGCGGUGACAUCCACGGGCAGUACACAGAUCUGUUGAGGCUCUUCGAGUACGGAGGCUUCCCGCCAGAGGCCAACUACCUGUUUCUGGGCGACUACGUUGACAGGGGAAAGCAGUCAUUGGAGACCAUUUGCCUGCUAUUGGCCUACAAGAUCAAGUACCCCGAGAACUUCUUCCUUCUCCGGGGCAACCACGAGUGUGCCUCCAUCAAUCGCAUUUACGGCUUCUACGACGAGUGUAAGCGCCGGUUCAACAUCAAGCUGUGGAAGACCUUCACCGACUGCUUCAACUGCCUGCCCAUUGCGGCCAUCGUUGACGAGAAGAUUUUUUGCUGUCACGGAGGUCUGUCGCCAGAUCUGCAGUCUAUGGAGCAGAUUCGACGCAUCAUGAGACCUACAGACGUGCCAGACACAGGCCUGCUCUGUGAUCUUCUGUGGUCGGAUCCGGACAAGGAUGUGCAGGGAUGGGGCGAGAACGACCGCGGCGUCUCCUUCACGUUCGGCGCCGACGUGGUCAGCAAGUUCCUCAACCGGCAUGACUUGGAUCUCAUCUGCAGAGCCCACCAGGUUGUAGAAGACGGCUACGAGUUCUUUGCGAAGAGGCAGCUGGUGACCCUCUUCUCGGCACCCAACUACUGCGGCGAAUUCGACAACUCGGGUGGAAUGAUGAGCGUGGACGAAACCCUGAUGUGCUCCUUCCAGAUCCUGAAGCCCUCCGAGAAGAAAGCCAAGUACCAAUACGGCGGCAUGAACACCGGCCGGCCUGUCACUCCUCCCCGUACAGCGCAACCUCCCAAAAAGCGGUGA